AACUAUACAUAUCAAUAUUCGUAUUUGCUCACUUGUACGAUAAUCGACUAUUUAGAUCCUGCCAAACUGUUGCGCGCAACAACUGGAGUGUACAUUGUUCGACACAUUGUUUACGAAGCUAUGGCGUGGAAGAAACCGGAUUGGCUCGACGUGUCGUACGUGCAAAAAGUUCUGCGAAAUCAUGAAAGGGACGAAUCCAUCGAGGUUUUCGGAAUUUCAGUGAAACCAGCAGUGGCCAAAGGGGAUAAUUAUGUUAGCGAUAUGCAUCGUGUCGCUGUAGAAUUUUUUCGAGGCCGGAAUGAUCGUCGAAUUCUAGAGACGCGAUCUAUCAUAGUGAAAGUCGCCCCUUGUGACCUUCGAGAAGAAUGGAUAGCGAGUUUAGGAGUUUUCGACAUCGAGUCGUCAAUGAUGUCUGUUACGCUCCCAAAGAUGCAAGAAAUUCUCGGAAAAUUUUCCCCGGAAUCUCUGGGUGCACGGUGUUUGUAUUAUCAGAUUGAAAAACCAACGCACAUAGUCAUCGAGGACCUGACUCAAGAUGGAUUCAAAAUGGCUCAACACCAAUUGGGCCUGGACCUAAACCACUCUGUACUCGCUAUGCGAAAUCUCGCUAGAUUUCACGCUUCUUCAAUUGCACUCAAAGAAAAGUAUCCGAAGGCAAUUGCUAAUUACAAGAAGGGGCUGUUUGACAAGGAUCAUCCAAUCGCGAUGGAGCUGUGGGUGAACAGGAUCUUUAGAUCUCUUACAAAAGAGACAACGAGUUGGUCUGAGCUGAAUCCACAAAUUCCAGAAAAACUUUGUAAGCUAUCGGACGUUAUGUAUGAGAAGACAUGCGAGGUGGCUCUCUAUCGUGAGGAUGAUUUUAAUGUUCUCAAUCACGGCGAUAUGUGGGUGAACAACAUGAUGUUUCGUUAUGAUGAACAACAGAAGCCGAUAGAGCAGAUAUUUGUAGAUUUUCAAUUCUGUCAUUGGGGCUCACCAGCAGAAGACCUUCUUUACUUUUUUGGCUCUAGCCUAUCCGACGACGUUCGAGUUCAGCAUCGCGAUUUGCUUGUAAGCGAAUAUCACACCACCUUAACCGUCACAAUGUCCAAACUGCAGUGUAAGACGGCAGUACUGAGCUUCGACAAUCUACAAGCGGUAUUAAAAAAACGAGUUCUUUGCGAAGUGGUUGCCAUUGCUGUAACAUUACCAGUUGUUGUUUUUGAAGAAAGGGAACCAUUCAAUCUCGAAGAUGUAUUAAAAACCAAUGCAGAAUUUCACCAUCCAGGUCAUCGUGGUAAAACGUACAGGAAAAUCAUGACUAGACUUCUACCAUUGUACAAUAGUAUGGGGAUAUUGGACGUGUAAGGGUUUGCAACUAUCAUCAGGCGCCCCUAUGUACUCUGAAUAAAUGCUGCGAUGCCCAAAA